AUGAACGACCCUCAGCAGCCUAUGACCUACGGCCUCGAGGGCGCGCGCCCGCGCCUUUCUGUUCGACGCGCUCGCGAUCCUCCUAAGAACGCUGAAGGUCAAAUUUUUUGCGAUCAUGUUGAGUGUCAAUCUGCGCCUCCUACUUUCCGACGUCCAUGCGAAUGGAACAAACACAUGGACAAACAUGAUCGUCCCUACAAGUGUUACGAACCUAACUGUGACAAAAUCCAAGGUUUCACCUACUCUGGUGGUCUCCUACGUCACCAGCGCGAAGUUCACAAGAAAAACACCGACACCAAGAAGGCCCUGAUGUGCCCAUACACUGAUUGCAACCGCAGCACUGGUAAUGGAUUCACGCGCCAAGAAAAUUUGCGCGAACAUCUUCGCCGCCGCCACAUGCACAAUGACGAGGCUCCUGCCAUGGUCGAUAUGUCUUGGGACCGCCCCCCUGAACUUGAAGGUGUCGAGGGAGCCACGGGUGCCUCACCUCUUCCUAUUGCUGGAAUGAAGCGGCGCCACGAUUCUCCCAGCGGAGAUCUCCGGGAUCUGCCUGUGACCGGAAUCGAUUUGCACAACGAAGUUAAGAGACUUCGCCGGGAAAUCGAAGAGAAGGAUCGUCGCCUUGAAGAGCUGGAGCGAAUCGUCACCACUAUUCAGCAGGCUAUCCCUCAGCAGUCUCCUCCCGUGCCCGAACUCCAGGAUCUUUCACAGCCCGCUCCCCAGUCUGCUGCGGCCCCUCCCGUUUAG